AUGGAAAGGGAAGAAAUCCCUAGCAUCAGGGUGACGGACAUGCGAGAUAUCAAGGAAAACUUCACGAUAGAGACAAACGGGUUCGCGGUAUUUGACACCGACUGCGGCCUAGCUUACGACGACUACUUCGACGAGGAGAAGCUUCAAGUCUACUUCAGACACGUGGAAUCCCUACUCGGGAACCAUCUAGGCGCCAAGCAUGUACAGGUCUUCCGAUAUGCAAUACGCAAACGUGACCCUGACUGGCCGAAGUCUUCCGAUAUACCGCAUGCGUGGGAGCAACCCACUACCGUUGCGCAUAUUGAUGCCACACUAGACGAAGCACGAAGAGAGGUACGGCUGCACUUUUGGAAGCCGCUGAAAGGACCUAUGAACGAUUGGCCUCUGUUAGUUUGCGAUGCUGCAACCGUCGACAAGGAAAACGACAUCACGGACUCGGACUUAAUCUAUCCAGAUCAUGCCGCAGAGAACAUGCAGGUUUACUACAGGCCUGGCUACAAAUGGUAUUUUCUGAGCAACCACAAGACUACCGAGAUCAUCGUUUUCAAGCAGACGGACUCCUUGCCCGCUGCUUGUGCCGGUGUACCCCAUUGCUCUUUUGCAAACCCAUUGAGACCAGGAAAUGAGGCACCACGAGAAAACAUUGAAGUACGAGUACUUGCAUACUACGAUGAAUGA